AUGCUUGAUAGGGCUCUCAACUAUAGAGCUGCAUUUGCUAAUCUCAAAGUUAUUGAUGGGAAAAACUAUAAGUUUUUUCCUACAGAAGAUGAAUGGAAACGACUCAAUAGUUUGUGUGAUUUGUUGGAGCCGUUUGAUCAGGUUACUACUCUUAUUUCAGGUCCCACAUAUCCAACUUCCAACUUGUACUUCAUGCAAGUUUGGAAGAUCAAUAACUGGUUGACAGUGAAUGAGUUUAGUGAAGAUGAAGUUAUUAGGAUCAUGAUUGUACCCAUAAAGGAGAAGUUUGAUAAGUACUGGGAAGAAGUAAGUGAUCUAUUUGCAAUGACUAUAGUGCUUGAUCCAAGGUUGAAGCUAACACUUGCAAACUAUUGUUUUAGUAAACUUGAUAAAAGUUCUUGUCAACAGAAGAUUGAACACUUGAAAAAUAAACUAACUACUUUGUUUGAAUCAUAUGAGAACAAGUCAGUUUUUGCAUCACAAUCUCCAGAAACAUGUGAAACAGAUUACCACAGAGAUGACAAUGAAGGACAAAGAGGAAACUUCAGCAAUUACGAUGAUUUCUUAGCCUUUCGAAAGGAGACUGUUUUUGCUAGUGGAAAGACGUCAUUACAAAUGUAUCUUGAUGAACCGGCAAUAGACAUGAAGAAUUUUGAGAGUUUAGAUAUUCUAAAGUAUUUGAAAGAUAACUCUCAGCGCUAUGGAGAAUUGGCUUCCAUGACUUGUGAUCUUCUUAGUAUUCCUAUCACAACAGUAGCCUCUGAAUCCUCCUUUAGCAUUGGAGCUAGAGUUUUGAACAAGUAUAGAAGUUGUCGUCUACCAAAAAAUGUUCAAGCAUUAAUAUGCAGUCGCAAUUGGUUAAAAGGUGUUGAAAGCAAAUGUGUUUCAUAA